UUUAUUUUUAACAACAAAUCCAAAUUUUAAGCAAAUAAAACUUUUAGCUGAACAAUUUGACUACAUUCAAAUUUUGAAUGUUUUUAACAUCACUUCUUUUCAAAAUAUUUUUUUGUUUAGCUUGUAUUUAAUUUUAGCUAGAAAAUUCUAUUCUUGGAAAAAGGAAACCCUCUCCCUUCAAUCCUCCCCUGCAGCUUUACACUAUACUUGAGCCUAUCGCUCAUUUGCUCAUCCUUUGCAGAGGAGACAUCUGGCUACUUGACUUGUUGCGUGAGUGAAUCAGAUCCUUCUGACUUACAGUGAAUGCAAAUCAAAUCGUAUACCCCGUGCUUGGUUAUCUGUGUGGAAUUCGCUGAAGUUUGAUACAAUUAGAUAAUGAAUUUAGGAAUUACUAUUAAAAAACCAAUUGAAUGUUUGCUACGGAAUGCAAUAAUACUUGCAGCAGUUCAGGUUGCUGAAGUAAGUUUUUUUUGCUGUAAAGAAUGGAGCUCUUGUUGGAAUGCUCUAUUUUUUGCAUGUAUUUUUUGUGUGUGGGCCAUAAAUCAUAGAGCUACAAACAGCCAGAACCUUCUUCCAUACAGAGGAAGAGGUUAAAACAUACCUCUAAUUCUAACAUACCUCUAAAGUUGUAGAUUACUAUUGUUUUUAGCAUUUGUGAAAAACAUGAAUAGUGACAAAGUUGAUUUAAAGUGCAUUGCUAUGAUCAGGAGGAAUAGUUAAGCAGCAAAAAAAAAAAAUUAGUGUGGUUCUUGGGCUGUUACUUCAUAACUAAUAAUCUAAAUACUCAGUCUUUUAAAAUCAACCUCAUAUUGUGGAAUUAUUACUAGAAACACUUUAGCAGUAAAUGGGAAGGAGUGGUGAGGUGGUGGGUGAAGGCAGCCUCGUGUUUUAGCAGAUGAUCAUUGGCUGGAGCUGCAGAGACGGGGAGGGACCUCAGUGCUGCUGUUUCUGGAGAGAGGGGCAGAGGGAGCGGGACAGCGUGCGGGAGAGACGGCAAAGGAGGAUAAAUGAACACAGAGGGUUCUCCCCUCAUCGGAAAGCCUGCCUUUCUGAUUUCAUCCCCCAAAGUUGCCGCUUUUUCAAGCAAAAAAAAAAAAGAAAAGCAGAGGGCUUUUCUUUGAAUGAAUGUAUGUGAGAGUGGGUUUUGGACAACGGUCACCCACACACUGCCUAUAUCCUCUGAGGUAGAGGUACUCUGCUGUGAUACCACUGCGAUGGCCGGACAUGGACAAGAAAGGGGAUAAAGCGGAGAAGAACCAGAAGAAAGGCAGUCAUUACUUUAUAAUAGAAGCUGUGGCCUUGAUUUUGUGGAUUAUCGCCCAUUAAGCCAUCUCCAAUCUGGGAUUUCUUCUGCAGCAAAUGUUGAUGACUCUUUUUACUCUUUAUAGUCACUUUCAGAAUAUCUCUAUUAAAAUCUGUCAGCCACUUUUUGUGGGGUUUUUUAUUUUCAAUUUUUGUGCCUUCAACUCAGAACUUCACUGGAUAAUUUUGCUUUUGUUUUUCACCUUGCUGGAAUCCUGCCUGCACUGUGGGCACGGACGGGGGACUCCCUCUCCUUUAUCUUCCUCCUUGAUCCUUCCUGUGUUUGAAGUGAAGCAUGGAGAUAUGCGUUUGGACUGAAAGCAAACAAAGAGUCGUCUACCUGACGAAGUAGCGGAUUCCCUUAGGAGACCUCAAACUGUCAAAGGUCUAUUCCUUCAAAAUAAAAACCAUGAAUUUCUCUCUGGAUCUGCUGAACCAGAGCUCUGCCGACUCAUCGACCUUAUCCGCUCCCUUCUGCCUCCUUGAAAUAGGAUAUUCCAAAAUUUUCAACACCUGCCUCCUUGAAGUGUCAAUCAUCCUUUUCCUGACUAUUCUGAUCAUCUGUGGGAACCUGGUGGUGAUUUUUGUGUUCCACUGUGCCCCUUUGCUUAGCCAGCACUCCACCAGUGCAUUCAUUCAGACGAUGGCAUACGCGGACCUGCUGGUGGGGGUCAGCUGCCUUUUCCCUUCCCUGUCUUUGCUCCAUCUUCUGAAGGGUCUGGACCCCAAACUGACCUGCCAGGUCUUUGGAUAUAUGGUCUCUGUUUUAAAGUCUGUUUCGAUGGCAUCUUUAGCCUGUGUGAGCGUGGACCGCUACAUCGCCAUCACGAGGCCUCUGACCUAUGCCUCCCUCGUCACACCGUGUCGAGUGCGCUGCUGCGUUGUUCUAAUAUGGCUUUACUCUGCGUUGGUCUUCCUCCCAUCUUUUAUGGAAUGGGGGAAGCCUGGAUAUCAUGGCGACGUUGUUCGUUGGUGUGCGGUGGAGUGGAGGACAAAUCCGUUUUUCACAGCUUUUAUCGUCGCACUCGUCUACGCCCCUGCCGCAAUUACCAUCUGCUUCACCUAUGCUAAUAUUUUCAAGAUCUGCCGACAGCACACCCGGGAGAUCAAUGAGCGCCACGCACGCUACCGACCCCAGCAGCUACAAGGCCCGGGAAUCACAGCCGGAUCGGUAGUCAAGGACACCAGCACAGGAGAUAAAGGGCUGGUGCACGACUCGUCCGAAGCAAAAAAUUCCCAACACCCUGAGCCCCAUUAUCAGAACUCCACAUCCACAUACUCGGACAAGAGAUAUGCCAUGGUCUUGUUCCGCAUCACCAGCGUUUUUUACAUCCUCUGGUUGCCCUACAUCCUCUACUUUCUGUUAGAGAGUGGACAGAUCUACCGCCACCCUGCAGCCUCUUUUUUCACAACGUGGUUGGCGAUCAGCAACAGCUUCUGUAACUGUCUUAUUUACAGCCUCUCCAACUCUGCUUUCAGAAAGGGUCUAAAACGUCUCUGCUCCUUCUGCUUGCAGCGUACUGGCAGAGGGUUCAGGGUAAAGAACACCAAAAAGACCGGCCUUGGCUCUAUUGAAAAAGGUUGUUCUGGUCCGGGUUAUGUAUUUGACCAGGAGGACGUAGGAGUUGGUACAACAUAUCAUGUGUAGUUUAAAGAGGAAAAAUAAAGCAUUUGUGCUGAAGUAUGAACCAAAAUCAAACUACUGAAAAUGUCUUUAAAGGAGCUAUAAAGAGAAAUAAGCUUUGAUGUUCCACUUAUGUUUCAGGGUUUACCUGUUAAGGCUGAAAAUCUUAAAAGCAGAGCAAUGGACCCUUAAAGGUCAAAAUACCCCAUUUAAGGACUUUUGGUUUUUUGGAACACGGGACUAUUACAUGGAAGGAAUUUCUAUGAAGGAGAGAAAUCUGUGGAGGCUGAACAAAAUGUUUGUUUUGCACUGCUCUAUUUUUGGGACACUUAUACUUUGCAAAAUUUGACAAAAUGAAACGUUGAAUAUGCUGUAUGUGAUACAUUAUGACCGCUGUCAGCACAUUUUGUGUUGAGUAUCAAAAAGAGCGAAACAUCCAGUGCAAGUAGCUGCUAUAAGAUUGUAAGAGAAUGGAAGGUGACUCUCCCAUGUGAGAAUCUAUGUGCAGGCUAGUGCUAUGUUUAAAAAUGUUACCUUUUUUUUCUUCUAGUUCUCUGUUUGACUUGACACAAAAAAAUCAAAAAUCAAAAGCAUCAUUGUGGGAUUAUGCAGACCCAGCCUACAGUGACUGAUGUGAUUAUGGCUUGUCUGUAUCGAGAUAUAUCAACAUGCUUUAAAUGAAAGAUUAUUUAUUAUUGUUGUUAAAAUGUAAUUCAUUUAGUUCUGGUUUUUGCACACUAUGUCUGAUGUUGGUAAUAUCACCCAGCCUUGGUGUACGACUGUUAGGCUGACAAAACAAACAGUAACUUUAUUCUUCAUUGCACCUUUAUGUUGAUUAUGCAACUUAACUUAUUUGAUAGAAAGUGUGUUCAAGACAUUAUAAACUAAGAAAGGAGGUAUAUUUACAAGUAUUUGACAAAUAGAUUGUUGGUACAUCGUUUGAUUUUUUUUAAAUACAUUUCGUGUGUUCAGAGUCGUAUCGGUUAACCUUUGAAAUGUGAGACGUCAUUAAAGAUAGAUUGCAGUCCUAGGUGAAUUCUAAAUCAGCUUAUAUUUUUUCGAUCUGGGGGCCGAUGCAACACACCAAUAUAUGCACACACACACUGAUGUGCACAGGCACAAACAUGCACCCCAACAAAGUAAUAGCCAAUUUGCUCAAGUCGUUUGUGGUGCCAUCAGGAGGAAAUUCACCUGCUUUGUGGGUGUGCAGUAGCACUAUGUGUGUGUAUACGCUUGCAUGCACUCAGUUCCUUUCGGACCUUUUUUUUAAUUGCGAAGUAAUUUUUUUUUAAUAACUAAGUGUAAAAAAAUAAAAUAAAAAUUGGCCGUAAUGAAUUCUACUAAACCAAGUCAAACUUCUUAGUUGUGAAAACUGACGUUGAAAAUAAUUUCUGUGCUGAUACCAAAGACACGUUCUGGACUAAACAUUUCUCUGUUUUUUGUUGAACUUUACUGAGCUUCACACAGUUUGUGUGAGAGUCCAUGGAGUUGUGUUGGCUGAGUGAGGAUUAGACUGUUGUAAUGUGUUGUUGCCUUGUUUAAAUUAAAGACAAAUUUGGUAAAACCACAUUUUCCUACUUUUGAGGGCUCGGUGUAAAGGCAGGCGACUGUUCUUUGUUUCUCUGACGGUAUAGACGUGCUUUGAUGAAAAUAUCUGUAUCUCAUUUCUGCUAUUUAGUCCAUAUUUACUCUCAAAUCUGCUUUGAUUGCAUCUACUUAUUAUUUGAAAAAAAAACAGUGUUUCUUAAUAUUUCACAACUUGCAUUUGUUUUUUUCUGUUUUCAGUAAAGCCAAACAAACAAAAUCAUUGGUUUAGCUGUUAAUCCAAUGCCUUGUAUUAGUGUGAUUGUGUAUUUGUGUGUUUGUAACGUAAGGAUGUGUGCUGGUCUCUCUCCAGAUUUGACCACUGGCUGAAUUCAGACUGUUCAAGGUGUUGUAGUGUCUUUCACUUGUAGUUGUGUGAUUCGUGAUGCACAGUUGUACUAGCUGUCUAAAACUGUCGGCUGUAAAGCAUUGCCAAAAUGUUGCAGUCUUUCCUGUUAUGUCUUUCACUGUUCCACUCUCUGAACAGUUGUAUGUUUACAGUUUUGCUGUACUGGAUGUUUGACUAUCAAACAACAUUUCCGUCUAAGUGUACUUGGAGACGUUGUACUGCCUAGAUCCUCCCGCAUGCUUUCCAACAAAGUCAUGAAAAGGUGCUGCAAAAAAAAAACAAAAAACUUUUUUGAAUGACAGAUGGAUUUAGAGUGAAAUAUCGACCACCAAAACACAACUUUGCUGUUAUAUAAUGUUGAGGCACAGACUUUUGACAUUUUUGAAAGGACGAAAGCGAAACAAGCAGUUGUUCACACACUCCUGUGGGACACACAACCUACUUGCACCUUUUCAGGGGAAAGACUUGAGUGGCCGUGGGGUCCCCUCGUGUCAUGUCAGGCAGGAGUAGGAGGAAAAAUGUGGGACAUUGCUCCAGUUAAGGACAUUUUUAUGAGUGUCCUCACGAUUAAGAACAAGUACGACGAUUCAGCUUUCAAGGUAAACCAUUAAAAUGAUGUCAGUUAGAAGAAAAUUACUUACUAACUUGCAAAACGACUGAUUCUACAAAAAUUUAGAAUAUAUGUUUUUGAUAGUACUAUAAAAAAACAUUCAGAAUGAAUAAACAUUUUUUGCAGAAACUCUUGUGCUUCUUGCUAUUAAAGGUUCCCCCUUUCAAUAUUUUGGACACACUCUUUAAAUGUCCUGAGGUUUUUGGUAAAAAUUACAACCACCUUUUUUUGUCUGCUUCCAGACAGAGUCCUAAUGUUUCACAUGGUAUACUGUUUUUUUUAAAGAAAAGUUUUAAUAGUUUUUAUAUUUGUAAUCGUUUUUGUCAUUUUAAUGUUAAAUGUUUGGUAAAUGGGUAAAAUAGUGACCCAAAAAAAAAAAAAUUAAGGUAAAACUCAACACUGAAGUUUAACUAAAGUGUUUGUAUUUAAGAUGACCUAAAUUCCAUGUCUUAUCAGUUUUACUUAACCGUCAUCUUUCUUUUCCCUCUGACUGUUCAGAUUAUUUUAUCACAAAAACGAUGCCACAAUCAGACAGCCCCAUUAAUGACUGACUCACGAGCCAGCAUUUCCUGCAGAACAGAUUAUCACAAAACACACCAGACAAGACUUCCCACUGUAACCAAGCCUUCUCUUGGAAGCAUUCCAAACACCAGAAUUCCACUCCGUUUUUUUAUUUUUAUCCACAAUUAAUGAAGGACAAUAAUCUGCACAGUGAACAAUAAAGGCCUUGUACAUUUGAGUUCUAGGAACGGAGCCAUUAGUGCGUCGACUGUUGACAAAACAUGUCUCGUAUGCCAGUGCUUUUGAAUAUGCGGUGAGUGUUCUUAUGAAUGUCAGGAGAAUGUUAAUGAACAUUCAUGUUUAAUGAUGCUGCUGAUGAAAGUGCGUGUUCAGUACAUGUGUUGCCGCGUGCUUUUGAAAAGGUGUAAAUGCUGUUCAUCUGUACAGAGGAAAUAAAUGUGAUAUUCUGUCUGUGGGUUCAUGUGAUUUUGGAAUAAAUGUGUUCAUAUCAA